AUGGUCAACGUCUUCGCACCCCAGAUCUUCUUUAUCGUUUUCCGAGAAUGCCUGGAAGCCGUCAUUGUCGUUUCAGUCCUUCUCUCCUUCCUCAAACAAACUCUCGGCCAGCCAGAUCAGGACCAGAAAAUCUAUAAACGCCUGGUCAAGCAAGUAUGGUGGGGAUCCAUACUCGGAAUCUUGAUCUGCCUUAUCAUCGGCGGCAUAUUCAUUGGAGUUUUCUACGGUUUAGGCCACAAUAUCUGGGCUCAAUCCGAAGACCUCUGGGAGGGUAUCUUCUACCUGGUCGCGUCUAUCAUUAUUACGGCCAUGGGACUCCCCUUGCUCCGGAUCAACAAGACUCAGGAGAAGUGGAGGGUGAAGAUAGCUCAGGCAUUAGUCGAGCAAAAGAACAAGCAUCACAGCGUCGGCUCCUAUCUCAGCAGCUGGUCUAGACGUUAUGUCAUGUUCAUUUUACCGCUGAUCACAACUCUACGAGAAGGCGUCGAGGCUGUGGUAUUUGUCGGCGGAGUUUCGCUGGGUCAGCCUGCCACCGCAUUCCCCAUCCCCGUGAUCACAGGAAUAUUGGCUGGGCUGGCCGUUGGGUUGAUUCUCUAUAGGGGCGGUAACGUCCUGUCGAUCCAGAUCUUCCUCAUAGCCGCCACCAGUGUUCUCUACCUCAUCGCCGCAGGAAUGUUCUCCAAAUCCAUCUGGAGCUUACAAUACCAUGUGUUUGCUCACAAAGUCGGUAGCGAUGUUGCCGAAGCAGGAAACGGGCCAGGAUCUUAUGACAUCCGAGAAACAAUUUGGCACGUCAACUGUUGCAAUCCGGAGACUGACAAUGGCUGGGACGUCUUCAACGCGAUUCUAGGUUGGCAGAAUACCGCAACUUAUGGAUCCGUCAUCUCCUACAUCAUGUACUGGGUCUUUAUCGUUUUCUGCGUUCUCUGUCUUUUGUAUGAGGAGAAGACUGGCUCCCUACCCCUCAAGAAGCAACUUGUCUCCUUUUCGCUCAAAGUCCCUGGUGUCAGGACUUACAUCAAACGCAAACAGGCCUUGAGCAAAGACCAAGCGGAAGACGUCAUCAGGCAGGGCCAGGAACAUCUGCGAGCUCAAAAUGCCCUCCAAGAGCCCGAUAUUCAGGUUGUCCCUUCCGAGCCACAGUCCGGGUUACACAAAUGA